CCGCAAGCACCAGGCGAAGAAGUAGUCAUCUCUGGAAUGUCUGGACGUUUUCCAGACAGCUCCAGUGUCUUGCACUUUAAGGAAAAUUUGUUGAACAAGGUCGACAUGGUGUCAGGAGAUGAUAGACGUUGGUUUUUGGAUCAUCCUGAAAUUCCUCAAAGAACAGGAAAACUAUUAGAAAUCACUAAGUUCGAUGCAGAUUACUUUAAAAUAGAAGAUCAACAGGCCGACAGUAUGGAUCCUCUGGCUCGUAUUCUCCUGGAAGUUGCCGUGGAGACUUUGAUUGAUGCUGGUAUACAGCCAGAAGAAAUAAAAGGUUCUAGAACUGGUGUAAUUAUUGGCGCCUGCUUCAGUGAAUCCGAAAAAACUUGGAUUUACGACCUGCAGCACGGUUCUGGUAUUUUGGGCUGCAGCAGGUCCAUGCUGGCUAAUCGUGUCUCGAAUUGGCUCGAGUUAUCAGGUCCUUCUUAUUCUGUGGACAGUGCAUGCAGCAGUAGUUUGAUGGCUCUGGAGCAUGGAUACAGAGCUAUCAGGAAUGGUUAUUGCGACCAGGCUCUAAUUGGAGGUGCCAAUUUAUGUUUACAUCCAUUUGUUUCCUUACAAUUCUCAAGAUUGGGAGUACUGAAUCCGGACGGAAAAUGCAGGUGUUUUGACGAACGUGCCCGCGGUUACGCCCGCAGUGAAGGCGUUUCCUUCAUCCUCCUCCAACAGGCAAAAGAUGCAAAAAGGAUCUACGCACAACUUGUCCACGCAAAAUCAAAUUGUGAUGGUUACAAAGAACAAGGCAUUACCUUUCCUUCAGGAACAAUGCAAGCUAAACUUCUACGAGAAGCCUAUCAAGAAUGUGAGGUAGAUCCUAGAAAAGUCACAUUUAUGGAAGCUCAUGGAACUGGUACAAGAGUUGGAGAUCCAGAGGAGAUUAGAGCUUUAGAUGAGAUAUUCUGCACUGGUCGUGACAAACCUCUUCCCAUUGGAUCUGUGAAAUCUAACAUUGGACAUGGAGAACCGGCAUCAGGUAUAUCUUCUGUUGUCAAAGUGUGCAUAGCUAUGGAAACAGGAAAAAUUCCACCAAAUCUUCAUUUCGAAACACUAAAAAAAUUGACUGCUAUUGUUGAAGGCAGAAUGCAAGUCGUGACUGAACCACAAGAUUUGAUGGGAGGGUAUGUUGGUAUUAACAGCUUUGGUUUUGGAGGUGCAAACGUGCACGUUUUAUUAAAAUCACCUGAAGAUCUUCUGGCUAGAAAACGCGUUGAGAAUAAUGUAUCAGAGCUUAAAAUUCCUUACCUGAUUUGUGUUUCUGGACGUACAAAAUCUGCAGUUGAUAUGCUCCUUGAUGGAAUUCAUCAGGAAUCUCAAUUAUUUACCCAAAACCUGCCAAUACCGAUUUUGGAGCGUCCCGAAAUUUUGAGUAGGAAGCACGUGGCUUCGACAGUUGUCCAGAUUGGCAUUGUACAACUUUUGAAAAGUUUAAAAGUUGAGCCUACUGUUAUAAUUGGACAAGGAGCUGGUGAAAUUCUGUGUGCUUUUACGGAUAAAUGUUUGACUCUGGAACAGACUUUGACGGCUGCCUAUUUGAGAUCUCGCAUUAUAGCUGAAUAUCGCCUACCAGCCCUCUACACUGCUGUUGUCCACCGGUCCAGUCUUAUAGUAUCAUCUCUUUUAACCGAAGGUGUCAGUGUCACAUGUCAUUUAACUCCUGAAUCAACAUUAGUCAGUGGCCACAAAAAGGACGUAGCGGCCUUCCUCAAAUUUUUGGAUUCUAAAGGAAUCGAACACGACAACAUAUCUCAAGAAACCGUUGUUCCAUUCCACAAUUCAGAGUUCAUGAAAGAACUUUCUGAUGAUUUGCUGAGGGCAUACCAAAGUACAAUGUUUGAAACGUUGGCAAGAUCUGAGAGAUGGGUAUCUACUUCUACAGAAAACGAAUACUCAACUCAUAACGCAUUAUAUCACGUGAAUAGUUUAGUUAAUCCAAAUUUACUCCAGCAAGCUUUAUCCAAAGUUCCUGGAAAUUCGUACGUCUUUGAAAUCAACUCAUUCAUGCCACAAUUUAAAGGAGUUUUAGAAGAAUCGAUUGAAUGCUUGACUUAUGCAAGUUUAUAUGUCAGAAGAGGUGAAGAAUGUGAUGUAGCUGGCCAAUUUCUGGAAACUAUGGGAAAAUUGCAUUGUUUAGGAGAAAAAGUUGAUAUUAACCAGUUGUAUAGGCAUGAGUGGCCCGUGGGUAGAGGCACACCCAUGUUGUCCCAUUUGAUUGGAUGGGAUCAUGGACGAGAUUGGUAUGUUACUUCCUACAAAACUUUGGAAAAAUUAGAAACAGGCGAAAGAUCAAUCUGCAUUUCGGCUUUUGAUCAAGAAAAUGAAUACUUGACCGGUCACGUUAUAGAUGGACGUAACUUAUUCCCUGCUACUGGUUAUUUAACUUUAGUAUGGGAAACAUUUGCUAUGAUGCGUGGUGAAAUCUUAACAGAAGUUCCUUGUAUUUUUGAGGACAUUCGAUUUUUGCGCGCUACCAAUGUUCCUAAAGAUGGCAAGAUUGAUUUUGAUAUUAUGAUUCAAAAAGGCACCGGAAAAUUCGAGGUUCUUGAAGGUGGUACUACCAUCGUAACUGGUACAAUUUACCACCCUGGUAUUAGGCAAACCAAGUUGCCUGAUUUGCCAGAAAGAGUUAUUAGAGACACUUUCCCAGAUUCUAUUCCGUUAGCUGCUAAAGAUGUUUAUAAAGAAUUGAGAUUGAGGGGAUAUAAUUACAGCGGUGCUUUCAAAGGUGUAGUAUCUUACGAUCAGCAAACUUGUGAUGGUCGCAUAUUAUGGGCCCAUAAUUGGGUCACAUUCAUGGACUGCAUGAUGCAGCUUCAAAUUCUUUGUGAAGAUACAAGAGGAUUGUUUGUACCUACUUCAAUCAGAAAAUUGAAAAUUGAUACACGUGCCCAUAUCCAUGCUAUUCACGCUCUUGGAGAGGAUAGAACCUUCAAAGUUGAGCUGCAUCCAGAUAUAGGUGUUAUAAGAGCUGGCGGUGUUGAAAUUUGUGGUUUAAAAGCUAGUGCAAUUGCAAGAAAGAAGCCAGCAGGUGAACCAGUAUUAGAAAAGCACGUUUUUGUACCAAACCACUUGCAAACUGAUUGUGUUGAUGAUGCAGUGAGAUGCAUUGUGCAACAGAUUCUCGAAAAUAUUCCAAUAUUGAAAGUCAAAGCAUUUGAAUUAGUCGAUAAACUUCCUAAAGUACCUAAAAAGGAAGAAGGCGAUUCCAGCGAUCAGCCAGAAAUUGAUUACUUGCAAGUGAAUUCUAUGGAAAUACCUUUAUCUCCAAUCUUAAGGUCUGCUUUAGAAGAUCUGCCACUAGUGCAAAGUGAUAUGACAAUUUGGGCAGAAACUGCUAAUCCAUCAGAACAACAAAACGCAGAUUUAGGCGCUGGUGUUCAUCUGUCAGAAGAUAAGAAGUUACCAGGAGAUGGUAAAAGCACAUUGUUGAUUGGUACAGCACUAUUAAAUAAGAAAGAGGACCUUGAAAAGGCAUUACCAACUCUGCGUGCAAAUGGUUAUGUUAUAUCACGAGAAGAUUUAUCAUUUUCCUUAGACGCAUCUGCGAUUUCGGCCAUUUGUCCAGGAUUAAAUCUAGUAGCAUCUUACAAAUUGCCGCACGAAAUAUUAUUAUUGUUACAAAGAAAAAUUCACAAGACUAAACCAUGGCAUGUUAUUAAAGUUGAUGAAAGUGAUGAUAAGUUUAGCUGGUUAGAAGAAUUAAAGUCUCAAAUUAAAAUAGCAGAUAGUAGAAUUUUAUUGCUAAAUGAGAAACAGAAUACUAAUGGUAUCAUGGGACUGGUGAAUUGUGUCAGAAAAGAGCCAGGUGGUGAUUUAGUUCGAUCUCUAGUAAUCAUUGAUCCAAAAGCACCAGCAUUUGAUCUUGAAUUAGAUCUAUACAGUAAACAAUUAGAUUUGGAUUUAGUAUCCAAUGUUUUCAAAGAUGGAUGCUGGGGAUCUUAUCGGCAUUUGCAAGUCAAGGAUUCCUUGGUUGAUAAAGGCCACAGUUAUGCCAAUGUUAUGACUAGAGGAGAUUUAUCAAGUAUGAGAUGGAUUGAAGGACCUUUCAACGCCGGUAACUUAGUUCAUGUUUAUUAUUCAGCCCUGAACUUCAGAGAUAUCAUGACAGCAACUGGUAAAUUGGCUGCAGAAGUAGUUUCUCAUGGAAGACUUAACCAGAUGUGUGUACAAGGUUUAGAAUACGCAGGAAGAGAAGUCGAUGGCCGCAGAGUUAUGGGUUUGGUUGGAAGCGGUGCUUUGGCCACAAUUCUGGAUGUUGAUCCAAUUCUAUGCUGGGGCAUUCCAUCUCAUUGGACUUUACAGGAUGCAGCUACUGUCCCAGUAGUAUAUGCAACAGCUUACUAUGCUUUAGUAUUAGCUGGAAACAUGACUGCUGGUCAAACCUUGUUAAUUCAUGCAGGAAGUGGUGGUGUAGGUCAAGCUGCUAUCAACAUUGGUCUCCAUGCUGGAUGUAAAAUUAUCACUACUGUUGGAACUGAGGAAAAGAGACAGUUCUUGUUGGAUAGGUUCCCUGAAUUAGAUGAUCAAGACAUUGGCAAUUCCCGUGACACCAGUUUUGAACAACUUGUCAUGAGAAGAACUGGCGGUCGCGGAGUUGACAUUGUUUUGAACUCCUUGGCUGAAGAUAAACUUCUGGCUUCUUUGAGAUGCUUAGCUCCCCAUGGAAGAUUUUUGGAAAUCGGUAAAUUUGAUUUGGCAAGCGAUAACCCAUUGGGUCUAGGAACAUUUAUGAAUUGCAGUUCUUUCCAUGGAGUUACCUUGGAGCAUUUGUUUACUGCUGAGGCUUGGGAGAAACACAGAAUAGGAAAAAUGGUGAAUGAUGGUAUUGCAACAGGAGCUGUGCGACCUUUGUCAAGAACAGUAUUUGAUAGAGAUGAUGUUGAGCAAGCUUUCCGUUAUAUGGCAGCAGGAAAACAUAUUGGAAAGGUUCUGUUGAAAAUGCGUGAGGAAGAACCAGAAGAAGAUUUUGUGCCUGAAAAUAAACAAUGGCUGGCAAGUCCAAGAGUUUAUUGUGAACCUGACAAGAGUUAUGUGAUUGCUGGAGGUCUUGGAGGUUUUGGUUUAGAAUUGGCUGAUUGGCUUGCUCUUAGAGGUGCCAGACAUCUGGUUUUGAGUUCUCGGAAAGGACUUAAAUCAGGAUACCAGGCUUCUAGGGUUAGAGUAUGGCGCAGUUAUGGUAUUUCUGUUGAUAUAUGCACAGCUGAUAUCACUACACGAAAAGGCUGUUAUGAACUUUUGCAUAUGGCCUCGUCCAUUGCACCAGUUGCAGGCAUUUUCAAUUUAGCAGUAGUUCUUGAAGAUGCUAUUUUGGAAAAUCAAAAUGUUGAGAAAUUUACAGCAUCAUUUGCGCCGAAAGCUGUAGCUACAAAACAUUUGGAUGAACUUACAAGGGAAUUGUGUCCGUUAUUGAAAUAUUUCGUCGUCUUUUCAUCAGUUUCUUGUGGUAGAGGUAAUGCUGGUCAGUGCAACUACGGUAUGUCUAAUUCAGUAAUGGAACGAAUUUGCGAAAAUCGUCACAAGGCAGGAUUUCCAGCUUUAGCUAUACAAUGGGGAGCUGUCGGUGAAGUUGGAUUGGUUGCUGACAUGCAGGAUGACCAUAAAGAAUUGGAGAUUGGAGGAACAUUGCAACAAAGGAUUGGGAGCUGUUUAGAAGCGAUGGAUAUUCUAUUAGCUCAGUCUUACCCUGUCGUAGCCUCUAUGGUUGUAGCUGAAAAACGAGCUACUGGAGCAGGUGGUGCUGGUGGCAUUGUGCCAACCGUUCUUAAUAUCCUUGGUUUAAGAGAUUUAAAAACCGUAAGUCCUCAUUCCUCAUUGGCUGAAUUGGGUAUGGAUUCUUUGAUGGCCGUAGAAAUCAAACAAGCCUUAGAACGAGAAUUUGAAGUUUUCUUAACACCACAAGAUAUUAGAUCUUUAACCUUUGCCCGGUUGCAAGAAUUAGCUACUGCUAGGGAUAUAUCUUCUGAACAAGCUGCUGAAGGAGAAACUCAAGCUGCAAAUCCUGCCGAGGUGGAUCCUAUGCGCGGAUUGCUCCUUCUCAUGGAAGGUGUGACUUCUGAAGAAGUAGCCAGUAUGCCGGUGGUCCAUCUGACAAGUCAGUGUGAAUCCGAGAAGCCUCUCGUGUUCAUAGUGCCAGGGAUUGAAGGAGCUGCAUCUGUCUUCAGAGCUCUUGCUAGUAGAUUGAAGGCAAGAGUAGAAUGUUUGCAAUUAACAGUUCCUCAGAAAGGAAACAAUAUCAGAGAGAUGGGACAAGCGCUGUUGCCUUAUAUGUUGGACUUACAUAAGGAUCUUAACCAACCGCUUAACAUAGUAGCCUAUUCCUUCGGCACACUUCCAAUUUUAGAAGCCAUGCUAGAAUUAGAAGCUCGUGGCAUAAAUGUCAACUUAGUUCUUUUGGACGGUGCUCCUGCAGUAAUGAAAGGAUUGGUAGAUGUGCAUGUUGUUGGUGGUACAGCUGAUGAUGAUACAUAUUUGCAGAUUCAGGUGUUGCUUACAAUUCGUAGAAUUCUUUCACCUGGUAACAUGGAUGUCAUUCAGGAAACGUUGAUUAAAACUAAAACUUGGGAAGAGCGGGUAGUUGCAAUGACAGAUUCCAUUGAAGCGAACGAUGAGCAGAGAAGCAAAUAUUCUAAGACUUAUGUUAGGCAGCUGUGUGAAGCCAUGUUGGUGAGAUGCCGAUCAGCCAAAUACAACGACACAUCACGUUUGCGAGAACAAAAAAUCAAAUCUCGUGUAACUUUAGUUAAGCCAACUGUUCUUUCUAUGCGAGAUGCCGCAGAGAAUUAUGAUAUGGACGAAUUUCUGAUUCAAGAAAUGGAAAUUAAAGUAGUCGAAGGCAAUCACAGAACAAUGUUGGAUAAUCCCAAUUGUGCCGAUAUUGUGAAUGAUAUUUUAGGAUUUGGCGCAGAUCCCAAAGAAGGUUUUAAGGAAAUUGUUGGAGUUGAUAAGGCUUCAAUGAAGGGAGUUAUGCAAAGUGAGAUAGAAGGACAGAAGAGAGUUGGAGUUAGUAUCCAGUAA